AUGAUUUCAAGGUUACCAUGCGAAGUUCUCGAAGAAGUCUUCAAUUAUCUAUCUUCGGACUCCAAUUUCCUUUACAAUUGCCUCCUAGUUGACAAACUAUGGUGUCAAAUAAUAGUUCGUAUUUUAUGGAGAAAUCCAUGGAAUUACUAUUCCCUAUCCAAAUCCAUGUUUUGGUCAAGAAUCACUAGAACCAUUGUUUCGAUGAUUCCAAGGGAAUCAGAAAAAUUCAUGUUGCAGAAUGGGAUUGAUAUUUUGUCUAUUUCAACCACUGGAAGGUCACACAUGUUCAAUUAUCUAGGAUAUUGUAAAUACCUAUCAUUUAAAGAACUUCAUAGAAUCCGACGAGAAAUUCUUGAACAAAUUCCAACCUUGUCAGAUUUCGAACGUUCUCACAAAGAAUUCAUCCUAGAAAAAGAAAUUUAUUCUUUAUUCACAAGUCGCUCCUAUUCCCUAGCAUAUCUCCAACUUCUGGACAUCACCCUUCCCCAAGUUCCCAAAUCAAAACUAUCAUAUUCCAAUCCCCUCUCUUCAAUUUGUCCACAGGUGAAAGGCUACCUGUUCCCAUCGUAUAUCACUCACCUCGAGCUCCACUCCUAUUUCUCCCCAUCACUGCUAACCACUAUCUCGCAUAUCACUCAGGUGCAAGCACUUACCAUAAAUCCAUGUGAUAGUGAUAACCUCGGUCUCUCCACAUUGAUUAAAUCUCAAAAAUGUUUGAAAGAACUAAAAAUAGUGUGCUCCCAUUCUAAUGUAGUGUUUGAAGAAUUGAGUCAAGCGAUCGCGGAGAAAGCGAAGAUGAUAACGUCCAUCAGAUUUGUAAGAAAUGUAUGUAUCACGAGUGAGGCAAUUCUUGCACUGAGAGAAUUGAAACUACUAGAAGUGGAUUUGCUAGAAUUCAACGGGAAAAGAAGAUACUUGAAUUUUGAUAAUUCGUUGAGUAAUCUUAUUAUUUCACCAUUUCGAUCUACGUCCAUGGAUGCGCCCAAGUUUUCACGCCUCGAAACUUUAAACAUCCUAUACGAUGAUCAAACACCGCUUUCUGUCUAUACCUCACUAAUAAACUCUAUUCAACACUCGAAGUCACUAAAGAAGAUAUUUAUUAAUCGUUGGUGCGUACCUGAAUUCAAUGAAUUACAACCAUACUUAAAUUCGAUAACAAGCAAUUGUGGUGGAAGCGAAAACUUAAAAUCGGUCACGAUAUGGUACUCGAGAUACUUGUUGGCAGAGAUUGAGGAGAUGUUGAAGAAAUGUUUUGGAUUGGAGAAAAUCUUUGUUUUAUGUUUUGAAGACCUGGACGAGAUUAACGAAGGAGAAAUGGCAUGGAACGAUGCAAAACCAUUUUUGGAUUUACUCUGUGCAUAUGCACCUGCAACCUUGACCAACGUGACAUUAAGUGGGAAAUGGAAUCUGACGGCUCCGGUACUGCGUGAAUUUUUGAAAAACUGGAAGAAUAGAAAAUGCUUAAACGGAAGGGUAGCAACAGAAGCCUUAUAUUUGAAAGUGGACGUCUAUCCGUUGGAACUUGAUCAAGAAUGCGUGAAGGUCUCCAAAGCAUAUAUAAACGAAGGUGUGUUGGAAAAAUUUUGCUAUUGA